AACUCCCAGUUUUGUAUUGACAAUUAUUGUGAAUCAUGAACAAACUUCAGUUUCAGAAAUGUCAUUUGAGCGGAGCCCAACAGCAGAAAACCAUCGAAUCCCUUUAAAUGAUGGAAACAACAUUCCUCUUAUGGGACUGGGAACAUUCUCCAUGCCCAAAAUAACUCCCAAAAAUGCCUGUUACAAUGCAGUUAAAAUAGCCAUCGAUGUGGGUUACCGGCACUUUGAUGGUGCGUGGGUCUAUGGUAAUGAAGACGAGGUGGGAAGAGCCUUUCAGGAAAAGAUCGCUGAUGGGACUGUGAGUCGUGACGACAUCUAUUACUGUGGCAAGCUUUGGAACACAUACCACCCCCCGGAGAUGGUGCGCCCCACCCUGGAGAAAUCUCUGAAACUCAUGAAGUUUGAUUACAUUGAUCUGUACAUCAUUGAACUGCCGAUGGCCUUUAAGCCAGGUGAUGUGAUUUAUCCAAAAGAUGAAAAUGGGAAGUUUGUGUACCACCUGACUGAUCUGUGUGCCACCUGGGAGGCUCUGGAAGCGUGCAAAGAUGCCGGCCUGGUCAAGUCAAUAGGUGUGUCAAACUUCAAUCGCAGACAGCUGGAGCAAAUCCUGAACAAACCAGGGUUGAAAUAUAAACCAGCAGUUAAUCAGAUCGAAUGCCACCCAUACUUUACUCAGAUCAAGUUAAAGGAAUUUUGUGACCUCCAUGGCAUAGUCAUUGUGGGAUACAGCCCCCUGGGAACCUGCCGUGACUCUACCUGGGUGAACGUUAAGAUUCCCUCUUUGUUGGAUGAUCCAAUCAUAAACACCAUGGCAGCAAAGUACAAGAAAACAAGUGCUCAGGUGGCCCUGCGUUACCAGAUUCAACGCAAUAUUGUUGUCAUUCCAAAAAGUUUUAAUCCUGGGCGCAUCAAAGAGAAUUUUGAGAUUUUUGACUUUUGCUUGACGGAUGAAGAAAUGAAAAGAAUUUAUGCACUCAACAAAAAUGAACGAUAUGUGGAACUUUUAAUGUGGAGAGACCACCCAGAAUAUCCCUUCGAUGAUGAAUACUAGACCAGAGUCCAGUGUCCAGCGAGGGAGGUGCAUGAAUGCACAAUUAAAGCUGGUCCUGAAUGGAGGAAUGUGGACUUAAUCUGUCUAUGCAAACCGAAACAUACUUUCAAGUCCAAUACAUGCAAAUAAAAAAGGAAAUGUUA